AUGCCUCUAAGCAGCUUCGAAGCGCGCAUCGGUGCUCCGAUGAAGGAUCCGCUCGCCAUAGAAAACAAGGACCCCGUUCCCGGGCCAAAGAAGCCACCCCCACCACCCCCAAACACCCCAACUGGGGACUCCAACAAGGCACCCCUAGAGGCGUUCGACGAGGCAGAGGCCAUCCUCUCCAAGAAGCUCCAAGAGGCAAGUGAGAUGGAGCUCUCUUACCGCUCCGUUAAAGCCCCCCCGGAAAUCCCUCCUGAACUGGAGGAGAUCUUGGCAGACCCGAACCUUGAGGAAACGGAGACUGUCCGUGUUGUGGUGACGAGGCCGUUGGCGGGAUGGCUCCUUGUCCCGACGCCGCCCCCGACUCCGUACCAGCCUUACGGGUAUGAUGGUGAGACUAUGGUCUCGUACGGCGUUUUUGCCAUCAGGUGGGGGUUUGUGGAUUUGUGGUUCAUUGGGGAGAGUGCGGGGGAGGAUGUCGAGGUGGAGUACACGUUUGGUAGUGCCAGGCGUGAGGUCUAG